GUUUCAUUUACUUUCCAGACCUUAGAGUUGUAGGAAGGAUUGUUGCUUUGUGACUGCUAUAACCGGCAUGGGUUGCUGUUUUAGUAAAGAAAUGGAUCCAAACAAGCCCAAUGAAAGAACAAGGCUUUUACAGACCACUCCAGGAGAAGCACUUCAAGAAGGAAUAAGUAACCACGUCUGCCCUAUUGCUGAUCUUGUUGACCGUGAGGAGCGGUGUGAGCUUGUGAAGCACAGUAAUGGGAUAGGGGCCACUCUCGCUAGUGACCCAUCAUAUACUGACAGGAACCGCAUAGAGCAUGAGCAGGAUGGGCAUUUAUUUUGGACUCGCCCCACUACAAAUCACGGGAUGCAGACUUUGACUAUUAAUAAAUCACUCACAAACUCUGAGGGAAAUGGAGAUAAAAACAGCUCUUCCAGUGUUCAAAAUUUUAGAAGUUUUAAUGGAAUGUUUACAAGGUCUGGGAACGGUGAUGCAGAGGAUGAAAAAUUGAUCGGAGAAGAUAUGACAACAGAAUGUUUUGGCAGCGAAAUUCAGGAGACUUUUAAUGGAGUGCCAGAGGACGAUAGCUGCCAUGCUAUUCCAGCAGUAAGCUCAGGAAAGUCACAUGUAACAACCACAAAUCACACUCCCCUUGAACACAAGCUGACUUUAAAUCAGGAACUUGGAGAAACUGGUUUGCUACAAGUGAAAUGUUUGGAAAACAGCCAUAUACAUCUUGGAAAUUCCUGUAUAUUGCAACAUAAACUUGAGGGUGUAGUGGACAUGCUCUCUUCUAAUAUGGAAACAAAUGAAUUGCUCAAUAAAGAGAAACUAGACACAUUUGGAGAAGAAAAUGUGUAUUCUUUUGCUGUUUGCUCGGAACAAAGUAAGUUGAGGACAAAAAGUUUUUAUAACAUUUGUUCAAUAGACCCUGAAGAUUUAGAAAGUGAUUGGGGGGCACCUGCUGCCGUCCAAGAAGACAUUGCAAUGGACUUUAAUCAUUCAGCUGUUGCAGAAAAUGGAAUCUGCAAUGUGGCAUGGUCUCCAGGCACCAAGAGGGGGUUUUCAAUACUGCAGUCUGUAAAAACAGCAGCUGCCUCCGAGCUACAGCAGUCGGUGCUGUCAAUUCAAACGACAAUGUCACGAAAUGCAGCAGGUCCACAGAAACCAUUUGUUCCUGAUUUAUUGCAAACAUUUUUGCACACUCCUACUUCAGUUGGCCAAAGCUUAAAGGAAAAUAUCGCAACUGAGAGUCGGUGCAGUCUUCCUCUGUGUGAAAAGGUUUACGAUGAUGAUGGUGAAACCUGUGGUAUGACCAGUGGUUCAUCUGAAAUUUGUUUUGGGUGCAGUGAUGCACCAGAAUGCCUACAUACAGAUAGAGAAAUGGAGCAAGAACUAGAAAUUUGUAGCAGUCCGUGCACAACAGAGCACCUUCAUGACUCGGCACCUGACUUAUUGGAAUCAUUCGUACAAGGAUCAGUGGUGACUUCAAUAAGAAAAGCCAGAAUGAGAGCAUCUUUUAGUAAUGAGGAAACAACACAAAGUUUUGGCAAGUCUGGUGACACAGUAGAAAGUGAGUUCUUAAAUGCCCAGAAAGUAGGCUCUGCGAAGUUUGAAGUCGAUCAUCAUAAAUUGACUCAACUAGAGCAGGCUGUGCCAUUAGCUCUGUUACAGGGGACCCCUUUGAAUUUGGAGGCAACUCCUGUUGAAGCAGAAUCUACAUAUGAAAUGGAUUUUGCAAAUGACGGUGGCAGAGAUCAAAACUCCGAAAUAAACAGCAAAUUUAUCCCCGAGUCAAAACUGCAUUUGAAUGCCACAGCUGAUGUAUCAAGGGUUGGGAUACAGUGUCAGACAGAAUUAGCAGAGGGUUUAAGUAAUCAAGCCCAUAAAGCACAAGAUACGUUCAGUCUUAAAUCUGAUCUCUGUGGUAAUUCAGAGGAUCUUGCUGAUGACGUCGGUCAGCACCUGAACUCUAAUACACAAAAGCAUCUCUGUCGGAACUGUGAGAGUGUAAAUGAAAACAAGACUUCCAUAACCAGCUGCAGUAAUGAGUGUAUUUAUCAGAUUGAUACUGAACUGCUAGCCCCUGAUGAAAACUGUGAAAAUGUCAUGGAAACAAUAACAGAAUUCUACCCCUUGGCAACACAGGAGCAUUUAGAUGAUAAAGGUAAUAUCUGCCUGAAACAGGCAGAAGCAUUUGACACAGGCAGUGAUGUCGUCUCAGUUUCUAUGGCAGCAAGGUCAGAUGUGAGUAGGACGGUAUUGCAUUAUAGCGAGACUGGAUUAUGGGAUAGGCCUACAUGUUUGCUUCAUUUAAGUGGAGAUCAUUUAGACACAGUAUGUGACGGAGGACAGGAUUCAAAAGAUUCUUCUGAUUGUGUGAUGCAGCAGAGUGACUUGAUGAAAUAUGACAUGGGAAUCUUCCAGCAGGAGUCUGAAGCUGCCUUUAUAGCUGAAAAUAGAAGCUAUGUGUUAAACGAAAACAGGGACUUAAAUACCAAAUGCAGUGCACUCUCUUGUGUGCCAAACAGGCCUGCAGUGCUGGAAAACUGCAAGAGUGUGUCUCCUCAGAAAAACUGGUCAGACCAUGGAUUGCAUGCUGUAGGUGCUGAACAGCAACAGACUUGCAACGCCAUGCAACUCUCCUCUGCUGAAUCCAAACUGGCCGUCUGUGAUGCAGCUAAUGCUACGUGUGAUCAGCAAGCAGACAAUGGAGCUACAGAGGCUUUAACAAAGUUAGAAUUGCAACACUUUUCAGGGGAGGGGACGACUUGCUGUGCUGUCAGAGACCCAACUGAAAUUUGCCACGUCAGUACAGUCAAUAAUAUUUGGACCGAAACAGACAUUGUUAAUAAAAUGCUGCUGGGACUGGGACUAACACAAGGUGCAGCACAUGGUGUUGUGGAGACAAUACCUAUGAGGUCUGAAAAUGCAGAUGAUUCAAAGGGCACGGCUAAUGACGAUGGAGGCUGUGAUUCUGAGGAAGAUGUGUGCCGUGGAGUUGAUAUCCCAAGUGCCUCAAUGGUGGAUCCUGAUCAGCUUGACAUGUAUGCUUCUAUGCCUUCUUACGAAAUGCAUCUGAUCACACUAAAGGCUUCUGCUGAACACAAAGAAACAGAACAUUGUGAGAGUACUAGUUUAAGUGAUGAAGGCCUUCAUAAAAAUGAUAGCAUGCUAGAUUUCGUGGCAGACAUUUUGGAGGACCCCUUACAAAAUGAUAGUCACGGUUUUUCAAAGGAAUUUUGCCUGCCACCAUGGGCCCAGGACCAGCUGCACUGUGAAGAGCUGCUUGGGCAGUUUUGUGGAAAACAGUCCCCAGAAUGUCCGUUGGACUGCAUAUGGGAUCCUAGUUACUCUGAAAUAUCUACAGAAGGCAACAUGCAACAGAAGACUGAACCUAAACCGUGUGUUGCACCACAAGACUUGCAGAUUGCUGUGGCUUUUAUGUCGGCUUAUCCUUACAAUCUUAUGGUUUCAGACAAAUCUGGAUUAUGGGGUUGGCAGAACAAAAAUAAUGAAACUGAAUCUGCCAAGGUUUCUGACCUUAACCCAAAUGCAAAAGUAUGGGCAAAUCCCAUGCUAAACUUGGAAUCCACUGGGGCCACCAAUAGCAGUGUUCACAAAACCUGGAAACAAACUUCAGAUAAAUCAGCUGAAACUUGUCCAGAAGGUUAUGAGGCCAACAGUGAUAAAGAGGAGCUGUAUCGGGAGGCUUUGUUACCUGAACCCCAGGAGCCUCCAACAGCAUUAACAGAGCAAGCAGACAUGAACGCUGCUGUCAUCCUGGAGUGCCCAGACUCUGUUUACACAGAGUUUGAUUCUAUUCAGGAAUCCAGUCAAACAGGAGGAAAUGAUCCACCUCGGUCCGAGAGUCAGGAGGACCUUCGGGAACAUCUGAAAAAGACUCUUGAGUACUGCUUAUCUCGUGAAAACCUUGCCAGCGACAUGUACCUAAUAUCUCAGAUGGACAGUGACCAGUAUGUGCCAAUAAUGACAGUAGCGAAUCUCGAUCAUAUAAAGAAACUCAGCACUGAUAUGGAUUUGAUCGUCGACAUCUUAAGGACUUUACCUUUAGUUCAAGUGGAUGAAAAGGGCGAGAAAGUCAGACCAAACCAGAAUCGCUGCAUUGUCAUUUUGCGGGAAGUUCCAGAGUCAACCCCGAUUGAGGAGGUAGAAGCUCUGUUUAAAGGAGAAAACCUACCCAAAUUCAUCAAUUGCGAGUUUGCUUACAAUGAUAACUGGUUUAUCACCUUUGAAUCUGAAGCUGAUGCACAACAGGCCUAUAGGUACCUUCGAGAAGAGGUGAAAACUUUUCAAGGAAAACCCAUCAAGGCAAGAAUUAAAGCAAAGGCAAUAGCCAUCAACACCUUUUUGCCAAAGAAUGGCUACAGACCAGUGGAUGUGAACCUCUAUGCUCAACAGCGCUACACAACAUCAUUUUACAUACCUCCUGUGUACAGCCCACAGCAACAAUUUCCACUAUAUAGCUUAAUUACUCCACAGACCUGGUCAACAUCACACAGUUUCCUUGAUCCAGCAUUGGUAUCGCCGUUUUCCAAUACUGGAUUUAUAAAUGGGUUUACUACUUCUCCUGGCUUUAAACCUGCUUCAUCUCCACUAACCGUCAGACCGUACUCCCCCAGAAAUAGGAAUCACAGUAAACCUCACUUGCGACCUACAGUACCUAAUGUAGACCGUGGGCCAGGACUUCUUGACAGCCCGACUAUAUUUCACUUCCCCACUGAUCGGCUGCUGAAUGGUGUUCGCAGCCCUCCGACACGGCCAGUUGGACAGAGCAGACCGCGGUUACAGAACAGCAUGGGCUACAAGAGAGACAUAGGGACUGGGAGAGUGGAGCCAAGCAAUGCAGACUGUUCAUCUAGUAUGGGAAGGGGAAGGAAAAAUGUAUAUGGAUAUAGGAAGAAAAGGGAAGACAAGUUUACAAGGGCACCAACACAGUCGCCUCCACCUCCCAAACCCCCUUCCCCUAGCUUUGAGCUGGGGCUGUCCAGCUUCCCUCCUCUGCCUGGAGCUGCAGGUCAUCUGAAGACUGAGGAGGCAUUUGAGAGCAGACUGUCCAGUAUUGUAAUAGGAUCUUCUAAAGACAAGAAUGUAAAUGCAGAUGCCAGUCCCAACACUAUCCCUUCAGGAAUCCCUCAAGAGCCGUCACGGCCUGUUACUUCUGCACUGCCAGUGAGCUUUGCGGGCCCUCCUUCACCACCCCAAUCUCCAGACGAGGUGAAGGUCCAAGAUGCAAAUCCGAGAGAGACACACACUCCCCUUGAACGGCUAACUGCUGCUCUUACCACUGCAAGUAAAUCGGUUCAGGUGAAUGGGACUGCUACAGAGCUUCGAAAGCCUAGUUAUGCAGAAAUUUGCCAGAGGACAGCAAAAGACACUCCAACACUACAGCCUCCUAAAGAAGCGAAGCCAAACAAUUCCAUCAUCGCCAACGAAGACAAAAUAGCACCCGAAACCACAGGAGAGAAAAUGGAGUCUAAACUCAGAGACACUCUUCCAGCUAAGGCAGUCCCUGGUCGACUAAGAGAGGCAAGGAAACAAUCGGGGUGUCGGCCAUCACCACCACCACUACCGAUCCAGGGGGCUGGAAAGCACCCCAGUAAAGACCUCUGCACGCCCCCCAAAUCUCCCCAGUAAACACUGAGGUUUAGGAGGCUGAAAAAGAGGCUGGGCUUUUCAGCUGUUUAUCCCAGAGUCACCAAUCACAGCAUAGAGAAUGAACUGCUGAUACAGGGCUUGCAGACAAAAGCAGUUUUUGAAUGUGGAGCAUAUUGUUUGUUUUUUUUCCCUGUUUUAUUUAGUGUCAACCAGAUCUAGCUCGUUUUGUAGAUGGCAUUGGAAAUGACUAAUCCAUCAAAGAAGCACUUGAAUGCUGACAUAAGGAUUUGUUUUUAGCCAGAGGUGUAACGACUUUUAGAAACGGUUAAUAAUAAUUUAUUAGAUCUGGAUGUCAUGAUAUGAAAGUGAACUAAAAACAGAUUGGAUCCAAUGUUGGUUGAUGCAGUGCUCGACUUAUGUGUUUGUUUUCUUUUUAUUGCUAUAUUUAGUCUUCUAAUGUAAUUUGUGUAAGCAACUAGGAGGUAAUGAAUUACCGUAUUUGUCAGGUUAUCUGUUUUAAAUUGAUUUAAUUUGCGAAGUGGAAUGUUAGAGCUAUUUUGGUUAAUGAGACUGAAGUAUUGAGUAACCUGAAAGUUAAGUUUUUCACCAAGUGAUUUUAGAGUUCGUUGAGCAGCACAAGUAAAGAAGUUGCCAACAAUUUUUCUGUUUUAACACCAGCUUUUUUUUUUAUAUAUAUAAUUACAAGCAUAGUGGUGUUAUAGCUGGAAUAAUAAACACUGUCCUUUUGGUUCUUUUUGCCUCUAUGCAUGGUUGUUGUUGAGCACCUUGCUUGGUAGAUUACUUUUUUGUUUAGUUUAUGCUGAAGAAUGCAAGCAAAUACCUGUCUGCAUAGUCCCAAGGUAACUAGUUAUAACUAAUACAAAGCACACAAUGGCAGUACUGCAAUACGGAGAGGUUAUAACUAGAGGCAGUAGAAAUCCACCUACGGCACACAGAGGAGAUGUAUCAAGUGGAUUCAGUUGUGCCUGUGGAUUUAUAACAAAAACAACUGACUUUUUAUUUGCCUGCUGUGCCUGUAUACAUCGCUUGCUGAUUGUAAUAGUCUUAACACAUUGGCAUCUUUGAUUGGCAGGCAUAGAUUUUGUAGGCAGCAAUACAUACUGUAUGAAGUUAGCAUGUACUGUACUGUUCUGUUCUGUUCUGUCCUGUGUCCUAUAAAACACUAAAGGUGUUUUUUUUUUUUCUUUAUAAAUCCAGUUGAAUUCUGUUAUCUGGUUCAGAACCUAGCUUUUUAUUGCAAGCAUUGUUUUUGUUUUUUAAAAUAUAAAUUUGACCCUGCAACGUGUAGAAAUCUAUAUUUGGGUAUAUUACCUAUAUCUUUGCUUUGAAAACAUGAUUUUCUUUUCUCUUAGCCAGAUAACAGUAUUAUAAUAACAUGGAUUUUUUUUUUCCCCCCUGUAGAUUUCUACUGACUCAUCAUAACAAUGUAACCAGUUACCCUCUGUGCUCUAAAUUGUGUGACUAAAACAAAACCCUGCUCUCUGGACCUUGUGCCAAGUGCUCUUCUACAGAGCUCUGCUCCUCUUAAUUCAACUUGUUAUUGUCAUUGAUGUCUUCCUUCCUGCAGCAAGGAGCAUCUUGGAGUACUUGUGUCUGUGAACGAGGAAUACUUUUGCAAAACAGGACCCAGAUUAGUGAGCUGUGACGGCACUAGGGCUGUGUUUAUUUAUUUAGUUUCUGUUUUUCUUUUACACUUUUGAUGAGAUUUCCUUUGUUUAAAAUAGAUGUGUAAUUGAAAUAAUUUAGAAUUCUGAAGGACUGGAAUGCACUGUUUGCCAGUGUCUGAUUUAAAUUCAGAUGAUUUUUACUUUUAUUUAACACUUAAAACUGUGUGUUUGUUUUUUUUUUCCCCCAUUUGGUUAGUCAUUGCAAACAAGAUGCACCAUGCAUGCUUAUUGACACACCAAUGCAGUUUAUUCCAUACAAAGGUAUUUAAACAACUGAGCAUUUUCUUUCUUUAAGAAAUUUCAUCCAGUGUUUGAAAACUUGAAUAUUAUUUAAACUUGAAAAUGACUUUGCCUUAACUUUUAUAUAAGACAGCUUAGAGUUUAUUGCUUUUCAACCCCCAAAGGGUUACCAACAGUGGCACGGCAUUACCAAGUAAUAUCUACUGUCACUGAUCUUACUUGGUAAAACAAACACAAAAUCACAAACUAGCAUCAGAUCACAUUUUGUAAUAUAUUAUAUUAGAGAUCUUAUGAGUUUGAUCUUUUUUUUUUCAGUUUGUUGAAGAAAAAAAUCCUGUAAAUGCCAGUAGUUGAUACUGUAUUAAAUAUGUGCACUUGGAAGUAUGUGCUUUGAUUGUACAGUUGUAAAUAAUCAGAACAUAUAAAGAGGUACCUUAAAAAAAAAAAAAAAUACAAAAAAAUAUAGAUCGCCUUGAAAUAUUAAUGUUGUUGAGCUGGAUGUAGAUGAAACAAAAUGUUGUGUUUUGAUUAUUUCAUUUUAUUUUAUUAUUUUUUUUGUCCCCUGGUGUGCUGGAUUGAAUCUGUCUUCUUUAGGAGACAAAAUGUGGAGAAAACUCUGAUUUGUAAUACUUAAAUGCACAGUCUCAUUCCAUUCCCCUUGUUGUGAGUAAGCAGUCUGGUUUAUGAUAAUGGUUGGCUAUUAAGUGUCAAAGUAGCAAGAUAAGCCCUUUUACUGUGUAAACCAUUUUGGUGACAGACAGAUGUGUAACAUGUUUGCACAAUUAAUUAUCCAGUUCCUAUUUGCAGAUAUUUUUUUAAGACUGUAUAAGGUGAUGUGCUCAACUGACACCAAAGUGGCAUUCGGUGCACACUGAUGGAUCAGAAAAGCACAUUUACCAUCAGAAAUUUGAGAACUUAACCAAUUCUAACCAAAAUCAUAAUCAGCUUCAGUCUUAACAAAGAAUUUACAGGGUAAAGACCUUUCAACUUAACAGUGAAUAAAAAGGCCUUUUUAUUUUUUGUAUAUUAACACAAACUGUCAAUUAACUUCCACUCAUACAAGUGAAAUAUGCUAACAGCAGCCCUUAACUUUUACUGGUACUUCACAUGAAUUCAAGUGUGUGCUAUUUUUUUUUUUUUUUUUUUUUUUUUUUUUUGGGAUACAUAUUUAGGAAAUGUACAUUAUAAUUUUGGGGAAAAAAGGGGCUCAUAUGCCACAAUAAAUCCAUACAUUGUCUAGUAUUGUUAGAUUUAUAAAUGCCUGGACUGCAGUCAGUGUGGCAAAGUAUCCCAGUUGUUUGUGCCAUCUCAUACUUGACAGAUUUAAGCCAGCUGUGGUGAUUUUAGUUGUAUUUUGGCUGCUGGAAAGGUUAACGAUCAACAGCUGCAACCAGAAAAAAAAAAGAAAAAGGUCUCCACACCAGCAACACGCAGUUCAUCAUUAUUAAAGCCAGCUGGCACAUUUUAGUUUGUAUACCAUGGCCAGCAUUUCUGUAUUGUUACACUAAGCUAUUGUAUGCCUGGGCCAGGUGUGCAAAAAGUAUAACUAUUGUUUGUACUGUUAUAGUCCAUUGAGUAUGCAGUUUGAAUCAAGCCUGGCUCCUGUUAUGUGUGUUGCUAUUUGCUUGUCUGCAAAGAGAAUACCAGAAUGCAAAAUAGCCAUAUAUAUAUAUAUAUAUAUAUAUAUAUAUAUAUAUAUAUAUAUAUAUAUAUAAAUUAUAAUGUGUGUGUGUUUUGCCUUGCAAGGCAAUGUUUUAUCAGUUAUCUGAACCAUUAAAAAAAAAAAGUCAAGGGGCAGUGCUUAUGAAAGAAAGUUAUGCUAAUGUUCUGCAGUGUGUGGUGUGUGUGUGUGUGUUUUUUUUUUCUCCCAGCACUACAGUUCUGUUAUAUGUUUGGACUAUUACGCUUGUGUAAUCUAGAAUUUCAUAUCAAGUCCCACAUUUGCUUUUUAAAUAUCUCAGCAUCAGUAGUCCACUGAUACACCGUAAUACGUAUUGUGAAGGUUGCAGCUAGUUGUACACAUUGCCCAUGCUUGUGAGUGUAAUGCAGUGUCAAAAGGCACCAGCUGACUAACGAUGCAUACCAUUAUCUGUCAGCUAGCUGUGGUUGGAGUGUUUUUUCUUAUGUAUUAUGAGGACACAUUACGCUAACAGCAGCGCACAAUCGGGGAUUCUUUAAAGAGAAAGCUAACAGCAGUAACAAUUGUAAACGGAGGGUUCAUUUUGAGGGCUUAUGUUUUUGUUGUCUGUCUUCCAUUAAGACUGGAAUCAAGCUUACAUGUAAACUAUUGGUAAUUUAAGUUUCUUUUUGUGUCAUGAUGUAAACUGUCUAAUUUGAAAAAAAAAAUGUAGCUUAUUGGAAAAAAAUAAAGAUUUAGGCACUGUUAAAGAA